ACAAAUAGUUAAUAGCGCACCUCGAUCUCAUCGUUCUCUCAACUGCAACGCCAAUGCGUAUAGGUUGGAUUUCCCAAAUUGAAUUUUCAUAAAUUCACAAUCCUUCUUUCCUACCUUUCCCACUUCCUUUGAAUUCUCCGCUUUUCUUUCACUUCAAUGGCUGCCACUUCCCAUUCUCUCUUCUCCUUCACCAAUUCUCAAUCUCUCAACAAGCCCACUUCCCUUCUUCCUCCCACUAGCUCUAAAUCCCUCUUCAGAUCCCCCUCUCUCUCUUUUCGCUCCAACUCUCUUCCCGCUAUCCGCUGUUCUCUCAACAAUGCCGACGAUCCCAUUGAGAAAAAGUUUGCAUCGUUUCCUACUGUUAUGGAUAUCAACGAGAUUCGUAAAAUUUUGCCUCACAGGUUUCCGAUUCUUUUAGUAGAUAGAGUUAUUGAAUACAAUCCUGGAGUCUCGGUUGUUGCUAUUAAGAAUGUCACUAUAAAUGAGAGUUUCUUUCCAGGGCACUUCCCUGAGAGACCCAUCAUGCCUGGUGUUCUCAUGGUUGAGGCAAUGGCUCAAACUGGCGGUAUAGUUAUGCUGCAACCAGAUGUGGGAGGCUCUCGUGAAAAUUUCUUCUUUGUCGGUAUUGAUAAAGUGAGGUUCCGAAAGCCAGUGAUCGCAGGAGACACGUUGGUCAUGCGAAUGACUCUUGUCAAGUUGCAGAAGAAGUUUGGAAUUGCCAAAAUGGAAGGAAAGGCAUACGUUGGAGGGGAUGUUGUCUGCGAAGGUGAGUUCUUGAUGGCCAUGGGCAAAGAAGAAUAAAAGUAUUUUUCUACUAUAUCUGUUGUUAUGAUAUGAUGCUCGAUGUUGUGAUUUGUUUCUUAUUUUUUUGGGAUAAAAAUUUGAGAGUUAGGAUUCUGCACAUCUAGGAAUAACUGUUUGAUAUUAUGCUUCACUAUUUAUCUGUGGAUUUCAUUGAGAAGCAGCAAUCAAUCUUAUGGUCUUCUUCAUAUC